CAGCAACCAAAUCUAAUACAAUAUCCAAUGUAACAGCAACCGAAUCUAAUAUAAUGUCCAAUGUAACAAUAACUGAAUCUGAUGUAACAAUAACAACGCAACCAGUAACAAAAGAUCCAUUUAAAAGUG